UGAAUCACCGACCCCCAUUGAGUAGCGGCGAGAUGUUGUAAAGAGAAUGUUUGUAGAUAAAUGUGCUAAAAUGAAUUCAUUUCGGGAAUAAUUUCAUUUAAAGAGCAGAAACCAUGGAGGUUAUCCGCGAUGGGGAGGGGGAGAGUGUUAAAUAUAAGCCCGGUGGUCGUUUGGACAUGAGCCACGGCUUUCUGAAGCACAUCAGGAGGAAUCAGAUCGCCAGGGAUGAUUAUGACAGAGAGGUGAAACAGGCCAAGGAGAAACAGAGGAGAAGACACACCAACACCCCGCGCCGUCCCCGAAGACCCGACCGACAGGUCUACCACCCGCGCAUUCGGAAUGGGUCUGAGCCGGGUGUGAAUGCAGAAGCAGAGGACUGGAACGAGAGCAGCUCAGGCACAGAGAUGGAAAACACUGGCACUGAGUUAUUCUGGCUGGAUUAUCAGGCCGACAGCGGGAAAAUUACAUCAUUCAUCGUUCACAAGGAGGACAAACCUGAAGUUAUUGUGGAAAGAGUUGCAGAGAAGAACGUUUUGGAUUCGUCCAUGAGGGCGGCACUGUUGGCUCGUGUGGGACAAGAAAUGAACAAGCGCUGCGACAAAUGCUGAGAGGAAGAGUAAGGGACGUGUUUAUUCAAGAUGAUAAAGUCUUAAAGGCACUGACACACUGUUAAGACUGAACUGCAUUUCUUUAUGACGGCGCCAAGAAUUCAGAAAUGUCUUGAAGAUGCCGCAUAUCCUGAUAUGUGAAGGUGUAUCUCGUGAAAAGACUACGAACAAGAGAUAUAUAGAGUAAUAUACAGAAAACAGGAAUUGUUUUUUGGACUGGACACUCAUUCUGUGAAUCCUCAUGUCACACUAAAAGACUAUGCUGGACAUUCUAAGCAUCUAAAAGGGAUAGUUCACCCAAAAUUGAUGAAUUCCUGUUAGUUUCCUCACACACAGCAGGUUAUCUAAGAUGUAGGUGACAUCAGUUGAAGAUUAAAGAAGAUUUUAAGCUGAAUCUGUGAUUAUUGGUGAUUCAUAUGAUGGCCAAUAAUUAAUAUAAUGGCCAAUAUUGGUGAUCCAGUGAAUGGUGACAUGUUUUUAGAUUAAAAACAAACACAUACAAAUGAUUCUAAAUCAAUAGCCAUGGCUACUGAUGACACACUGAGGUCUUGUGAAGCAAAAUGAUCGCUCAGGGUAAAAAACUGAACAUUGUUUACAACAUUAUUAGCUGUAAUCUAUUCUACAACCUGGCCAAACAGAUCUUGGCGCAAGUUUGAUGAUGAAAUAAUGUUUAAUUACUUACACGGACCAAUCGUUUGGCUUCACAAGACUUCAGUGUGUCAUCAGUAGCCAUGGCUAUUGAUUUGGAGUCAUUUGCAUGUGUUUGUUUUUAAUCUAAAAACCUGUCACCAUUCACUGCCAUUAUAUGACAGGCGUCAAAUCCAUUUCCUGGAGGGCCGCAGCUCUGCACAGUUAAGCUUUAACCCUAAUUAAACACACCUGAUCAAACUAAUUGAGGCUUGUUUGAAACCUACAGGUAAGUGUGUUGGAACUAAUCUGCAGAGCUGCGGCCCUCCAGGAACUGGAUUUGACACCUUU